AUGGUUAAAAAAUGUUAUGUAUGUAGUCGUAGAGUAUGUAAAAUUAAUCAAAUCUCUGUACAUAGCUUCCCAAAAGAUUUGGAAAUACGACAGAAAUGGUUAAAUGCUUUAAACUUAACUAAUAAAGAUGAUGUUUCUUGUACGUAUGUUUGUUCUUUACACUUUACCGCUGAUGAUAUUGAAAGAGGAUCAGACUUAUCUAAAUCCCGCUUAAAAAAAGGAGCAGUCCCUUCAGUUAACAUUUCAAAUCCAAAUGGUUAUAGUAAAAAUGGUUAUGAUAUGUAUAAUUCAGAUAUAGACUAUCCAUUUAUGCCAGGGUUCGGUGUACUUGCUCAACUGUCGGAGAAUAUGUAUACAAAUGAUAAUUCGUUUGUUGAUACUGAACAUCUAAUGCCAGUUUCAAAUGUGCAAUGUGAUGUCAGUUUUAACGAAGAACCUGAAAAAGAAGUCGAACAACUCAAUUGCCAACCAGAUAUAGAACUUGACUGUACACCAGACAUAGGAUUUGAUUGUCAACCCGACAUAGAACAACUUGCCUGUCAACCAGACCUACCUAGUGUAUCGCACAGUGAAGCGAAUGGUAACUUAAAUAAAACGAAAAGUGACCUGAGAAGUAAUGAAGAUGGUUUUACGGGUUUCGAAAACACUUACGCAUCGAUGACAGUAUCCCCUGAAGAAUAUAAUUACUAUGAAACUUUGUUUUCCGAUAUCGACAGCGUUAAAUAUAAGAAAUUGCAUUGCACGGCAUGUAAUGUUCAUAUGGGUACGGCUCCAAUUGCACAUAUUCAUCGAUACGAGCAUCCAUUACUGAAAGUUUUAAUUUGUGAACAAUGUUUCAACUUUUAUUCAAGUGGAGAUUUCGAAAAAGAUGCCGAUGGAAGUGAACUUUAUUGUCGAUGGUGUGGACAAGGUGGUCAAGUGUAUUGUUGUGCGAAAUGCCCUUUUGUAUUUUGUAAAAAAUGUAUACGAAGAAAUAUUGGUCAAUCUAUGGUUACACAUAUCGAAAGUAGUGAUGAUUGGUUGUGCUAUGCGUGUGACCCCAAAUCAAUUUGGAUGUUACGUGGAUUGAAUUGGGCGUUAAAGAAAUAUUCUCAAUCGAAAAUGUCAAUAGGUACUACCACGCGAUCCGAACAAGACAACAAAGAUAUUGUAACAGACUAUUCAAUGUGCUGCAAAGACCGAGCUGCACAACAAAAUAAAGGAGCCAAAAUAACAGAUAAAAAUAAAAGAAAUUCAAUAAGCUCCAAUCACAGUGAUGGUCAAGUAAAGAGUUCCGUUAAAAUAUCAACUUAUUCAAAAACACCAAAAGUGUCAUUAGAACGUGUGAAAGUACCCGUUGAUAAACAAACUGGCUUUGUUGUUAACAACGUAAAAUCACUCGCCCCAGAAAACCCGCUCGCACACAAAUCAAACAUUAACAAACCACGACCAUUGUUACCAAAAGGUAAUUCUAAUUCUGCAAAUGAAGUGGUUUGCACACCAGAUAUAAUUUCAUUAGAUGACGAUAGUCCGCCAGCCACGCCAAUGAAAUUUAACAAACCGAAACCUGAACCACCAAAGAAAUUUUUACAAGUAAAACCUGCCUCAAAAUUACUCGAUCCUGUUAAAAAUGAUUCAAAAAUUUAUAAAACAAUACAAUAUUCAACAUCAUUAGUUUCCACACCCGUUAAUUUACAAACAUUACAAAAUAAUCCAGUUGUAUCGGGAAUGAUUCAAAAUUUGCAGAAACAUUUACGCCCUGGCGAACCACAAAAAAUUAUCAAAAUUGUGUCACCUGAUGGCCGUGCAUUUUUGAUUGAUCCCAUGAAAGUACCAAAUUCACCUACGGGUCAACCUACUAUCAUUGCAGCACCUGAAACAACACAUUCUCAACCUUCUCCAACAAUUUUGAAUGCACAUAGUUCAGUGCCACCCCCUCUUCAUGUUCUCAAACAAACUGUUUCAAAUGCAGUUCCAGCUCAACAACGUAUACCAGUUCAAAGAACAAAAGUGUGGUUUGACACCAGUAUUAAUGGUUUAAGAAAUAUAUCUCAAAUGAUAUCUACAAUGAUAGUGAGUUUAGUUAACGAUCAAAAAAGUUUGACAAAUUGGGUAUCGUUGUACAAUAAUUUUCAAACGCAUUUGAAAACGUUAUCCGAUAAUGUGGAAAAUUUAAAAUUACAAAUACGAAAUGAAUACCUUCAAACAGUACACGUUGGUGAACCAAAAAGACAAUUAUCCAAACCCCAACAAAUGCCACCAAUGAAACCAAAAAAUAAUGAUUAUGGACAACAUUUUUUAUCAUUUGUGGAAGAAGGCCAUCCUAAUAUAGAUCCUCAAAUGUUAACAGCAGCAUCCCAAGCAGCAAUGAAUCCCGGCGUUAUAUUAUUAAAUGCUCAGCAACCAACGCUUAUUCCUUUCAGUAAUAAUCCAUUAGCGAGUUUAGAAAAUGUCCCAAUCGGUGCAAACACAAAUAUUUUAAAAUCAAUGUUAAAUAAACCAGAAAAUGGUAAUAAUGAUGAAGAAAAUUACCAAAGUAUUCCAGAUGAUGAUGUCAUGUUUGAUCCAAAAGACUUACUUGAACAAACACUUGAAAUCGGUGAAGGUACUGUUGAUAGUGAAGAAAAUGAGUCUACGAAACCUGUAAAAGUAAAUGAGCCUAUAGUGGUUGCGGAAGAUGAAAAAGAAGAAAGUGGCGAUGAAGAAGUGGACGAGGAAAAAAUAAAAAAAUUAAAAGAACAUUUAGCAGAAAUUCAAAAAGAAAUUGCCAAACGUAAGACUGAAAAACAUAAACGUAAAUCUGAGAAAAAAACAGAUGACAUUUUUGAUAUGGAUGUUACGUGCGAUUCUGAUGACGAAUCUGUACACAGUAUGCUAAGUACUAAAUCAUCUGAUUCUGAUUCUGAUUGCGUUGUUGUGGAUAGCGAAAAUAAAAAACGUAAAGUGAAAAGGAAGAAAAGUUCUAGUUUAAAUCAUUCUGAAACAGAGAAUUCCGAAACAGUUAAAAUUGAAACAACAAGCGAAGAUCUUAAUUCAACAGUUGAAUCCAAUGAAGAAAAUAGCAAAAAGAGAAAAUUAGACGACGUUGGAGAUAAUGAAAUUGAAUCAGAAGUUGCCUCAAAAAGAGCUAAAAUUGAUGAAAACGGUGAAACUGCUGAAACGGAUAAUGACAAAAAUGAAAACCAUACUGAAAGUAAUGAGAUUGAAGAAAGAGAAAAAGAAGGUGAAAGCUUAGAAAAUGAAGAAAAAUUACCAGAGGAAAAAACAGAAAAUGAAUCAUUGUCAGAAAAAGAAAAUACAGAAAAUAGCGAACAAACAUCUGCUGCUGAUGAGUUUAAUCCAACUGAUUUAAUGUCUAUAGCAAAUGCAAUAAGAGAAAGUAUAAGAGAAUCUCGUAAUUUAACAAAACCUAAAGAACCUAAAGCAAAAGUUGGGGAUGUUGAACAAUUAUUAAGUAGCAAUGUAGUAUUCAGGAAGUCGGAAAAUGAAAAUGGAGAAACAUCUUCAACUUCAAAAUCAUCGGAAAAAGUUCCAGGUAAUUCUUAUGGUGAUGCAUUUUCCAACUUUUUAGCGUCAUCCGCAGAUGACGAAGGUGCCGAAUUAGAGAAUGAAUUAGUUGAUGAACAACCAUCGAAUGAUUUAGACUUACCGGAGAGUAAUAAUUCGGAACAACCAACAAAUAAUUUAGACUUACCGGAUGAUAAUAAUUUGGAACACCUUACGAAUAAUUUAGAGUUACCUGAUGACAAUAAUUUGGAACAAACAGCGGAUAAUUUAGAUUUACCGGAUGGUAAUAAUUUGCAAGCGGACAGUAUUAAUUCUGAUAAAAAUAAUUCAGUUGAAAUAAAAGAACUAGAUGAAUUAAGUAAAUUAGACGAGUUACAGAGAAUUACUGAAAAUAUAAUUGCAAAUGUGACAAAGGAUGUUUAAAAUCACAAACACUAUCGCGUAUGAGUGACGAGUUUUUUUUGUAUAUAAAUUGUACAUAGUUGGAAAGAAGUUUUCUAUUACGGUAUUAUUCUAUAAUUGUUUUUAAUUUUUCUAAUUUUAAAAAACAAAAACACGUUAACAGCCCAUUCAUGUGCCCUUCAUUUUUUUUUAAUUAAUGGAUAUUGUGUAGGUACAAAUUAUAAUUCGAAAAGUAAGUGUGGUAUAUAUUGUCUGUCCAUACAGGUAGAGUGCAUCAUUUUUUUGGUGAUUUUCAAAACAAACUUUCUACGACAUUUUUACUGAAAAAAUUACUGAAUAAUGUAUGUUUACACUCGGUUAAAAAAAAAAACUAAUUUGUUUGCACGUUUGAAAUCUUUUAGGCUUUACAAGUGAUUUAAUGAACUGUCUCGAUGUCGUGUGAAUGGACUGUUAAAAAAUGGUCGUAUCAAACUUAUAUAAAGUGCAUAAACUUCAUUGUUAUAUGUUUACGCCAAAGAUUCUAGCAAGUGAAUGUUGGAUUUAUGAAGAUGGUGACGAAUAUACAAAGAGUUCAGCGGAAAUUUGAAAGUGACCUUUUAAAUAUUAGAAAUUAAAACGUAUUCUUUAGCAACCAGGGGAUUUAAGACUGGCAAAAUUUUUUAUUAGUUUUAAUUUGGUAUAGUUUACCUGGCUGUGAUUGAAUAUCAAGAGCACAAAAGAAUAUUAAUGAUUGGGAAAUUUACAACUAGAGCAUCUUAUAAUUUUGAAAAGAAAUAGACUUUUAAUGCAUGUGGUGUGUAGACUCUUCCAUGAAAUAUUGCUGGAUUCGUUGGUGUGAUUAUAAGGUAUAAACAUGAUUUAGAUAAAUUUAUAAAAAUAUAAACAAAAUAAUAAUUAUAAAAACAUUUUUCAAAUUUCCGAAUAUUAAGAAAAACUUUUUUGAAAAUUAUUUAUUAAUUUUAUUUAAUUGUAGUCCACAUCACAGGGAAGUUCAAAUCAUUUUACUUGCAAAGAAAUGGAUAAUUCACUGAUUUGAUGCAGCGUUCACGCCCUUUUCAUGUUAAAUUUGACUGAAUUAAUACUUAGAUUGGGUAUAUUUCAAAAUUUUUCUGAAAGCAUGUUCUAUUUAUUAAAGCUUGUGGAGACUUGAAAAAGCUCUUAAAUUUAAUUACUUUAUUAGUUAAUAGUAACCGUUUCUUUAUUAAUGACAUUAUGAUUCUAUCACAAAGUUCGUAGACCUUUUCUUUAAAAAAAUAUUUUUUAAGUUGCGGCUAGUAUGUCAAAUAACUUAAAAAAUAGCAACAUAGGUUGACAAAAAUAUAAGAUAAAUAGAAUUUUUUUUACUUAGACUCGGUUUUUUGACCACUAGUCAAGACAAGCGAAUCGACAAAAAUGUUUAUUUUAGAUUUCGCUUAUUUACUGUCAUUACCGGAAUUUGUCUAUAAAUCAUUCUUGAAUUCAUCUUAAUGUGAAUUAUCAUUGUGCCAUUACUUAUUUUGUCUACCGACAGUAUGGAAAAGAGGAUGUCAAUUGCCAAUGUGGACUCAACUUUUCCUUGUGAUGUGGAUUUAAUAUUGACUAGUUAAAAAAAUUGUAAAUAUAAAUAAAUUUUUAUUAAGUUUUCAAAAGCUUUCUUUUUAUAUAAAAGCGACAUAAA